AUAACUGUCGUAUAAAGAACACGUGUACACCAAAUCCAGGCAUGGCUGAAAUACUACAGAAAACUAAAAACAGCAACACCUUUCGGUUUAAAUCUUUCGCCGAUCGUGUGGGUGAGAUUGAUAUACGUCGCCUGGCAUUAUACCGCAUUGGCCAUCAGAACGAAGAACUGCCUGAGGAAGAAAACGAGACCUAUUUUCAUCAAACAUUGAAGAAAUGGAUGGUACUAAACUUAACAGACGAGUUUGGCCAAUUCAGCCGGAGGUGCUUGAAGGUUGUAACUUUGCCACAAUUAGUGCAUCAGAAAGAUUUUGUAAUAGACUUGCUGCUGGAGCGUUUGUCCACAGCCACCAACUUAGCGCUGCAGCCAUUAUUGGAAUUGCUGUAUGUCUUGGCACGAGAUUUACGCGAAGACUUCUACCCCUAUUUUCAACGUGUACUCGAUCGUCUAAUUUGUCUACUGAACACACAAGACGCAGAACAGCUAGAAUGGACUUUGGUCUGCUUGGCAUAUUUAUUCAAGACGCUCAAACCCUAUUUGAAAAAGAAUAUUGGUGUAAUAUUCCAUGCCAUUUUACCGCUUCUGGAUGAGCAGCGCUACGAAGAGCAUGUAACCAACUUUGCGGUGGAAUGUUUUUCUUUUAUUGCUCGAGAUGUACGGGAUUAUCGUAAAUUUCUUGACUUUGUGCUGCACACUGUUGCGCGCGAACAAGUGGACAGCAUAGCAGGAUGUGGACGUUUGCUUUUUGAAAUUGUGCGCGGUGUGAAGGGACAAUUUCACUCAGUGGCGGGCGAUUUUCUACAGUUCAUAUUUGAAUGUCUAGUGGAUGAACAGCGCACAAAGGGAAUUGAUAAGCUACAGCUGCUAUGUGAAAUUGUGCAACAGUCUGUGCAGGAGUUACUCAACUUUAUCUUGCCUCAAAAUAUGUCGUUGUAUUGGAAUAAGCUCUGUGAUGUUGCGCAAAAUACAAUGUUAGCUGGUGUGGGUGCCUGUGGUCGUUUAGCGCAUAUAUUGCCUCUGUUCAUUAUGGCUGCGCAGCAUAAAAAUGGGCGUCAUUUAUGCGAAUUAGACGUUGUAGUGCCGACCAUACUAAAAAUGCUCGACUACUGCAUGCAAUCGCAUUCCAGAGCGUAUGCAGCAGAAACAUUAAAAUUGCUGAUGCAGCUAGUUAGCAAAGUGUUAUUGGCCAACAAUGUUCAUCUCACGCAACUGGACACGAGCAGACUGAUGAAGAAGGCGCUAAGCGUGCAGCAACGCGAUAUUUAUGCACAAUUUGUGCUGCUUAUCGCUGCGCAUGCCCAGUUUGAGCUGCUGGUAUUGCCAUCGGUCGUUGCUAACUUUGAACAGCAUUUUGAUGAGGCGGCGUUUGAGUUAAUGGCCCGUGUCGUAUUGCUGAAACGGCCACUUGCAGGUAAUGCAUUCACUCUGGAAUCGUGGCAGCCGUAUAUGCUGCACAUUAAACAACAGCAGACGCUGGAAAAAAUAAAACAAAAAUUUACUGAAAUUGAUUUAAGUGGAGACACCUUGAAUGGGAAGGAAAAUUGCUUGCUCGAGCAAAUACUGUUGCUAAUUUUACUGCCACAUGUUGUUGCGCUGGAGAAAGAGCCAUUAGAAGUAAAGUUAAACACAGCCAUGGGCCAAAUUUUGGAAGAUUUUAGUAUACAAGACAAUUUGUCAUGUCAACUGACCAUAUUUUCGCUCUUGCUCGAGACACACAUACAUCUGAAAUUCAAAAGCACUCCUGAAUUUCUUCAACGCGCCGUACAAGUUUUGCUACCGCAUGCGACAAGUAAUCUUCAGGCCCUAGGCGCACUAGAUCAGUUGCUAACAGUAACUGCGAAGCUUCCCUCCGAAGACGUUCUACAUAUAUCGGAACUUUUAACGCCUUUACUUAGCUCCCAUUCACAUGACGUGCGGCUGCUCACUGCACACUGUCUACAAACACUUCAUCGACAAACGAAAAACGCUCAUCCCUACAAGAUAUUCUAUCAAGCCGAAUGCAUUGAACCCAAUGUGCAUAAUUACCGUGAGCAACUGUUAUAUCUGCAGCAGUUGGAGCCGGCUGGUGAACUCUAUCGCGCCAUGGACAAAGAGGAGUCACUGCGCGAUGUAUACAAACAGCAUAUAUUACGCUUUUUACUUGGCAUGUUGUAUCACAACUUCAAAUUUGUCUGGGAGCCAGUGCAAAAAUUAAUAGAAUCGUACGCCUUGCUGAUGAGCCUCGCCGAUUUUUGGAACAUUUACAAACAACAAUUACAGCUCACAGCUGAACGCAUUGAUUACACGAUUGCUGUGACAAAAGACUCCACAGCCACGGUUGAAAAUGUAGCCUGCUGGCGCAGCGAUGUUUUGAAUGAGGUGCUGCCAGCGGCACAACCACCGAAACAGACGCAACAACAGUUGCUAAAUUAUCGCAACUUACUGUGGAUGCGCCUGCCCCUAUUUGGUCAAAUGGCAACGCAGAAAAAUCGUGAUCUUGUGGGUCUGUUCCUGCAGUUCGUAAACGAAGAGUAUCGUGCACGUCUCGAGCGUCGAGAACUAACUUGGGAUUUGACGCAAACGGCAACAGGCCACGGACAUGAACAGUUGGCCGAAGCCGGUGUUUUGGAUAGUGAUGACGAAGCAGAUGAAGAUAUUAAGCAAAAUGAACGACAACGUAAAAUCGGCCAUCGCAACAAGCAGCGUAAGGACCAGCAAGGUUUCAUCGCCAAAAGCAUUCUUCAGACACUACAGAGCAAACUUGGUGUUUUCGCUGCGCAACCAAAUCCGCGCUCACUUUAUCGCGAACCAGAAUUGUACACCCUCUAUAUGGACCUCCUGGCCGGCCCCAAUGCACAAUUACAACGUGCCGCGUUGGACUGUGUUCUCAGAUAUAAAUCUAAGUCUUUGACCCCACACAAAGAACACCUUUACGCGCUAGUCGAUGAGGUAAAACUCAAGGAUGAGCUGGUUAACUUCAAAUUAGAUGAAACAGUGAGCGCUGAGGAGCGGCCAGAACUUAUGAAAAUAUUGCUACGCAUACUGUAUGGCAAAAUGAUCACAAAAGGUACACAGCGUGCGAUGAGUGCACAAUCGCGCAAGUCCAUGAUUCUCAGAUUUUUAGGGCAGUGCACAACCGACGAGAUUUUAUGGUUCCUAGAGAUGGCUUUUGGAAAAUAUUCCAAUUAUACUGCAGAGGAUGCAACACUGGAGCAGAUACCCGCACAAGUACAGUCUGAUUUCGAUUUGCAUGCUGUUUGGUCGCCCAAAAAGCUACAAAGCAUAGUCAAUUUACUGGAGUUGAUACGGAAGGAGUUCGGCGGUCUAAUGAAGCGCGACUUCCAUAUUUACAUGCUGAAAUUGUUAACAUUCGUGGGGAGUGCAUGCAAUGCGGUUUUGCUAAUGCCUGCAGAGAAACUUGCACUUGUUCACCCUAAGAUGAGUGUAGUUUACAAGAACGUGCGCAACAAUGCGCUUCUAAGUUUGGUGAAUUUCUUUGCGCACAUCGAAGAGUUUGACUGGGAAGCGUCCCAGGUGCGCUGCUUAAGCGAAGUAUACGUCUGGCCUGCUAUCGAAAAGCUGCCAAACGAAUCAAUACAUACGCCCACACCAUUGCUGCGCCUGUUGUUGCAGUGGGGAGAGAAGCCGCAGCACUUCGAUUACUUAGCACAGCGUCGCACAAAUGGCGCUGAGCAGGCGCAGGGGUCGCCGACUAUUUUCCAUUACGUCGUGACACUGUUGUUGAAUGAAAAAGCGAAGACAGCCGUACGCCGUCCAAUAAUGGCGCUUGUGGAGCGUCUUUUAGCAUCCGCGGCGUCAGACAACACAUUUGGAGAAAGCGCUGGCAUUAGCGGUCUACACAUCGUUAAACCCUACAUUCCGGAGUUAUUAAAGCGCUUGCGCAUGAACUUUAGCACACGCGCCGCCAAAAAAGCAAUUGAUAAGCGGGAUCUCAAUAUACUGUCGCUGCUGACCGCGCACGUGGAGGACGCGGAUACAUGCGAUAGUUUGCUGCAACUGCUGCUGCCCAUACUCAUUGCGAAAUCACAGCGAAACGCCAAUGAGGAAGUUGUAACACAAGUUAUAACCACUCUCGCGAACCUCAUCAAACAACUGAAUACGCCAGAGAUGUAUUUGCGGAAGUUAGCGCCCCUCUUCGAGCAGACGCAAGAGGUGAACGCGCGCAAACUUCUCUGCCAGCUUGUUACCGACAUCGCGCGCAAGCGUCAUAAACAGGCCAUGCAGUCCAAAGAUGAAGCGCUAACCGAGUUAGCGACGCGGCUGCAGCGUACCGCACGCCUGACUUGCAUGCUAAAUGCCUGGGACAAACGCUGGGUAGAACAGCCCGACUACGACAAGCGGCUGGCUGCACUCAAAGAAAUUGCGCAGCUCUUGGAUGCUGAAUGCAAUGGCGUCGACCUGGAGCUGAGCGUACUCGUCAUAUACAACUGUGUCUACUUUAUCAAAUACGACAAGGAUAUGGGCUUGCGCGACAAUGCCAGCGAACACUUGCGCUUGCUAUUGCCACGCCUCGCACUGCGUUUCGCAGCCGCCGCUGAUGACAAGCCAAACUUGGAUUACUUAGUUGGCGAUGUGACUAUCAAUUUACUCCGGCGUUUACUGCGUGACAAGAACGACAAUGUACGCUACGAGGGUAUUCGCUUGUUGGGCGAAAUGGCGCGUCAAGCGCCCAGCACACAUCCCAUACUGCAAGACUUAGCGCCACUCGGUGAUCCGAAGGAUGCUGAGGUUGAUUUCUUCGAGAAUCUUACGCAUCUGCAAACUCAUCGCCAUGGACGGGCUUUGCUGAGAUUCUGCGCGCAUGCUCAAACGAUCAAGCUCCGUCCCUACACGCGCACGCUCACCGAGUUUAUAUUGCCCUUGGCCACGCGCUACUUGCUGCAGGAGAAACACGCUAGCAAACAUACACUAAUAGAUGCCGCCAUCGAAACGGUGGGCGUUGUAUGUCAACUGCUGCCAUGGCAGCAAUAUCAUGCGCUUUUGCGCUACUAUCUCACCAAGUUGCGGAGUACACAGGAAUAUCAGCGCCAAUGCGUGCGUAUUGUGGUUCACAUUCUCGAUGCCUUCCAUUUCGAUUUAACACAAGCUCAAGCUGAUGCGCAAGCCUUGCAACAGUUGCGAAAUAAGCUUAUUGGCGAAGGGCUGAACGAGGAAGUGGAAGAGGAAGGGAAAAAAGUAGAGAAAGCAGUUAAGAACGAAUCGGUAGGAAAGGCGUCUGACGGCGACGAGGAGGAUUGCGAUGGAGAUGAGAAGGAAGAAGAUGACAAUGAGGACGAAAGCGUGGAAGCCGAGCUAGCUGCUGAGCUGGCCGCCGUUGACGUAGAAUCUGCGCCAACGCGCAUAGACUCACAAUCAUCUGCGCCCGCCCCUUGUGUACUCAGUACAGCACUUUUGUUGCCAGCUGGAGCUGCCAAACGCGUUAUGCUAACCAUUACCACCAUACUCAUACCCACGCUUAAUCGUGCUAUCACAGAGCAGAGCUCCUAUGAUAAUAAGCACAAACUGAAUCGCAAGCGUUUUAGUGCUGAGCGCGAGGAGGAGGAGAUAUUGCGCGUGCCUAUUGCACUAGCGCUUGUCAAACUGAUGCAAAAGCUUCCCAAGGAGCUGAUGAAUACUAGCUUGCCAGGCGUUUUCAUGAAAGUAUGCACCUUUUUGCGUUCGCCCUUGAAGUCCGUGCGCAUGCUUACGCGUGACAUUCUCAAGAAAAUUAUGCUCACUCUUGGUGCCAGCUACCUUUCAAUGCUAAUGGAUCAUCUGCAAUCGCUGCUAACACGCGGCUUCCAAGUUCAUGUGCUCGCUGUCACCGUACAUGGUGUAUUGGAUGCUCUGCGUGAGAAAUUCCAGCCUGCCGAUGUGGAGAGCUGUCUGCACAACUUGCUCGAUGUAGCUUUAAAUGACAUUUUCGGUGAUAUUAAUGCUGAGAAGGAAAUCGACAAGUUAACAGCACACACGCCGGAAGCAAAACCAAGCGCCAAAAGCUACCUCGUAUUGCACAUCCUGGCGCGCAAUAUUCAAGACACUUGCUUGCUUGAUCUACUUAUGCCAUUCAAGGAGCACCUAACGCGCUCGCACUCGCGCAAAGUUACGCUGAAAAUACAGGACUGCUUUGCUAAGAUCGUCAGCGGUUUGGCGGAGAAUGCGCACAUCUCGCGCGAGAGUUUGUUGAUCUUCAUUUACGGCACUGUUUCGGAGAGCAUCACUGAUCUGUUGCCAGGAACGAAAAAGCGUUCUCUCACUGAACAGGAGAAGGAGUAUAUGCGUCGCGCACGCCCCGACUGCUUCAUCAUACAGCCGCCGCCGCGCUUUCGUUCCGGUGCCAUCAACAAGCGUGUGCAAUCUAACGCGCAAGCCAAUGCGCAUGUUCUCAUAGAGUUCGGCCUGGAACUGCUGCAAAUCGUGUUGAAGCGCAAGAAGCUGCUAGAGGUGGACUAUCAGCCAUUCUUGAAUCCAUUGCUGCCGCUGUUGCGCGAUGCGCUGAAGAGCACGCAUGUACGCGUGGUGACCUUUGCGCUGAAAUGCUUUGCUGCCAUAUGGAAUGAUGCUUACGAGUUACCGGCACUACAACAACAAUAUCUGUGCGACGUGGUGGAGCGUAUGUUUGAAAUAUUGAAGAAUAUUUCGACUUUCGGCGCUAUAAAGCAAGACGAAAACUUGCAGCUGGUGAAAUCUUCUUACAAAGCUAUUGUGGCUUUAUUGCGUAAAUGCACCGCCUACGAGCUGUCACCGGAGCAACUCCAGCAACUGGUGCUGUAUGUAGAACAAAACUUGUUUGAAGGCGAACAUCAGGCGUUAUCAUUUUCGUUGCUUAAAGCGCUAAUUGGCAGGCACGUUGAGGCUGAGUCGUUGCACCAAAUAAUGAAGCGCAUUGGCGACUUGUCGGUCGUUUCGCAGUCCGACUUUGUACGCGACGAGGCGCGCAGCAUACUUGUCGUCUACAUCAUGGAAUAUCCGCUGAAGAAGCGUGUCGAUCAGAUUGUGAAAUUCUUCACAGUACAGUUGCGCUAUUCGCUGCCUUCGGGACGCCAAUCAGUUAUUAAAUUUCUCCAUACAUUAAUCAAGAAAUUCCCGCUGAAGAUGCUAUCAAAGCGGGCGGAGUUCCUUUACAUUUCACUUGGGCCACGUUUGGUCAACGAUGAUGAUCCUGGCUGCCGCAAAGCAAUCGCCGAAUGCAUUGAGCUGUUGAUCAUGCGUUUGGAAAAGGUCGAUCGACAGCGCUUAUUCGACAUGACACUUCUAUUCUUUGAACCGGGCAACAAUCCAUCUGUGGUGGAAAUGGCAGCAUCGCUGUGCUCACGCUUUCUAAACGCUGAAAAACAAUCGUUUGCCCCGCGGCUCAAGCUGGUGCUUCCAACAAUUGUUGCGCGACUCACUCUAAAUAAUCCGAGUGCGCCUGGAAGGUUUGUGCGCGCACCUACAGCGCUGGGAUACGACGUGGAUGAGGAGAAGCUCAAGAAGCGCAGAAAGUACCAUCAACACCCGAAUGACCAUGGUGGCAAGAAAUUUGACGAAAUAAUUCUCACAGAGGAGGAAGUAGCCAAAACGGCUGAGGAACGCCAGCGCGCCAUCGAUCAUGAAAUCAUUCAAAUUCAAUAUUGUCUAUUAAAAAUGUUAGACUAUUGCUCUGCGGAGUUACUGAGUGGCAACAAUAGCGAACUCAGCCAUGUAAUCGAUGAGCUGGCUUAUGAAUCACAGAAACUGCUUGCGCAUGAGCACGCAUGGGUGCGUUGCAACGCAGCAAAGAUUAUUGCACUAAUUUUGGCCAACUAUGACUAUACGCGUGUUGGCGCGCAACUAGCUAAGGAGCAACAGGCAUCGGCGGCUUACACAAACGGCAAUAGCAACGACGCAAAUGUGCCGAACUUCGAUUUUAUUUAUACCAAUCCCACUUACGAUAUCAAAUCAUUGGUGUUGGAUUUGUGCGCGCAAGUCGUGCCGGGCGAAACGCAACAAAAUAUGAUAGAUGAAAUUGUUAAGAUCUUUCUUUUUAUAGGAAAUAUAUUGCGUGACGUGCCUUUUAGUGUUAAGCAGGAGAAAAAGGAGGAUGAUGCAGCGGAGCAAACGGAGAACGCUGACACGAAACAGAUACUAGAAAAAGAGACGGGUACAAAAAUUAAUUUGUACUGGCUAGUACGGAAUAUACGCUUUCUGAUUAACCGGGAGGUGACGAAGACCCCCCAUGCCACCGCAGUGCGCUCUGCACUUUUCACGCUCAUCGAGGGGCUAAUCACACUGCUGAGUGUUGAAACGCUGGAAAGAUUGGCUCCUCUACUACUCGGUUCGCUGGUUCGCGAGAUGUCUGAAGAGGAUCAAAAUAUUGACACUGAUUUGCGUCAGCAAGCUCUGCGCGUAGGCAGCCGCUUGCGCAAACGUAUUGGAGCUGAUGUUUACGACAAAUUGCGCACACAUGUCCAAACAAAUCUGAUGCGCAGGCGCGCUGAACGCAAAAAAUUGCUCGCCCAAGAGAAGAUACACGAUCCACUGCGUGCAGCGAAACGAAAGGCUGCUACACAAGAGCGUAAAAAAUCGGCAAAGCGUUUAAAGGCGGAUUUGAUGCGCGGUAAAGUGGCGGACACGAAGCAGAAGCUGAAAAAGCGCAAGCGCAAAUCAGAGGAAGAAUUACUCUAAUGUUAAGUUAAAUGGAAAAGUUUUUGUUAACAAUAAGCCUAAUUGAAAAUAUUUGUAAUGCGAAAUUAUAAAAAAAAACCUAAUAAAGUACCUAG